AUGCUGAGUACAGCAGAAGGCAUCCUCCUUUUUAUUUCAACUAGUGAGUCAGUACUGGGAAUUUUAGGGGAUGUAUUUAUUGGAGUUGUUAGCUGCAAUUACUAUGUCAAGAACAAGAAGUUGUCUAGAAUUGGAUUCAUUAUCUCUGGCUUGGCGAUUUCCAGGAUCUGUCUUGCAUGGCUAUUAAUUAUAGAUGCAUAUACAAAGUUAUUCUCCAGACAGUUGCUUUCUCCUGUCAAUACAAAUGAAUACAUGAAUUAUCUAUGGGUCAUUAUCAACAACUUGAGUGUCUUGUUUGCUACCAGCCUCAGUGUCUUCUAUUUUCUAAAGAUAGCAAAUUUUUCCCACCAUAUGUUCCUCUGGUUGAAGAGGAGAAUUAAUUUGGUCUUUAUCUUCCUGAUAGGAUGUUUGCUUGUGACAUGGUUACUUUCUUUUCCAUUACUUGAAAAGUUGAUUCAAGAUAACAAAAGAAAUACAUCCCAACAGGUCCCCAUUAAGAAAAGUGAGUUCAUUAUUGUCUGUGUUUUUCUGAAUAUGGGAGUCAUUUUCUAUUUUGUGGUGGCUGUAACUGCAUGCUUCCUAUUGAUUAUUUCACUUUGGAGACACAGAAGUCAGAUGCAAUCCCAUGUCUCAAUACUCAGAGACCUCAACAGAGAAGCUCAUGUGAAAGCCAUACAAGUUUUAAUUUCUUUUAUCAUUCUUUAUAUACUGUAUUUCAUAGGUAUGGCCAUAGUUGUGUUGUGUUUGUUUAUUCCAGAAGGCAAACUGCUAUUUAUGUUUGGUUUGAUAAUCACAUUCUUGUAUCCCUGCUGUCACUCCUUAAUCCUAAUUCUAAUGAACAGUCAUCUGAAGCAAUCCUCUUUGCAGGUAGUGCGAAGAUUAAAGUGCCUUGAGAUAGGAACAGAUCUCAGAGCCACAUGA